CUUUUGUGAGCAGAAUCGGUCGGAUUUCUGCCGUGGCAGUCGAAAUGUACGGUUUAACAACUGACUAUUUUGGUCUGACAGGACUCCGUUGGUGUGUUCCUGAUAAACGUGGUCCUUCUGAUUGGGUAAUAAGAUAUUCACAAACACACCUCUUAUUUCCAAGAGACGGCAAAUCUCAAUGUAUUCGUAUCAUUUGGCCGCACUUUGUGAGUGAUCUGAUGUCUUGUGAGUGAUGUUGUCUUAUGUCUUCAGUUCUAACAGUAUGGAUCACAAGGCAGUGGUUGUUCCUCAGCUCAGCAAUGAGAUGCAGAUCAAUCUUAUGAGCAUGGUGAAGUCAGGAAAGCUGAGUAUUGAUGAAGCGCUGAUUCGUGCUAAGAGUGGCACGCUACAAAAAUCACAGAGGAACUUCUAUACGGAGGAAAAACAAUACAACUUCAGUGUCCGCAAGUUCAACCGCUACAUCUGGCAGAAAAGAGUGCUACAGAUUGAUUUUGCCAAGAAUCUAAUAUGCAGCAUUGAGAAAGGAAUUGUGAAACGCCAGCUCCUCUUCUCGGAUGUAAAAAACUGCCAUGAUUCUGCGGGCACCAAAUUCUCCAUUUCAUUCAAAGGACGGACAGACUAUGAGCUGGAGGCUGCGUCUUCAGAGGACAAACAGAAAAUCAUGCAGCUGGUGAAUCAGGUAAUCUUCAAUAAUAUAUACAGUCUUCCCAUGGACAGUUCAGCUGACGUAGAGACUCUAGAUGAACCUUCGGAGAACCUCAAAGAAGGACAACUUUUACUUCAAAGAGGAGGACUGGCAUCAUUCAAAUGGAAGAAAUAUGAGGCUCAUCUUCAAACUGGCUUGCUGAACUUGUUGCCAGUUGCUGUUGACACAGACACGUUCGUUUACUCCAGCGAAUUUGUCUAUAAUAUUUCGGAAAUUUACACCAGUGUGGAUAAUGAAACAUGUACUGGAGGAGACAGGACAGCUGUUGUCAUUCAUCUCUCAGACGGUAACGUCAGGGUGGAGACGUCCAGCGCCCCUGAUACCUUUACACUAAUCAACGACAGAAAUAACUUCCUGUUCAAAAUACCAAAAAGUGACCACAUGACCUCAGAGGCCAUCACAAAUGAGCGAGACGCCUGGGUGAAAGCCCUUAAAACAUUAUGUAUCGACUGGAAACGAAAAUCACAGCAUCAACACUUCUACGAAGUCACUGAACCAGAGAUAAAUCACAAUGGCAUUAUAGAAACCAACAGCGAAUCAGAAUACGGAAUGCAAUGUUACUACAUGCCCACCACGCCUCCACCAGUACCACCUUCACCGAGACCACGCUUACCCAGAACUCCUUCAGCCGUACCCGAGGCCGAAGAACUCAACUCCAUACAAGAAUCAAAACCAAGACUAAAGUCCAACCCAGAACCACAGGUUCAAUAUGAGGAGAUACCUUUAGCAGCCCCUAUGAUCGUACCAGCUUCUCCUGUGCCAUUCUCUCUGACCUCGAUGAUGCUCGUGCCAGGUCCUGUUGCAAACCAUGCCGUGCCACCUGCUCCUUUACCCCCUCCACCAUUACCCAAUAAAACAGCCAAGCAGCUCACAAGCCGAAUGAAAGCUUUUCACUGGGACCUGGUUUCUCAGGAUAAGAUCGAGAAGUCGAUAUGGGCCCGCAGGAACACCAAAAAGAUCGAUCUCGACACAUCACGCUUGUAUGAGCUGUUCGGAGUGAAGGACUCAGGAGCCACUGGCAGAUCUGAGUCCAGCACUAACAUGGAAAUCAUGCUGAACGCAAAGAUCGCUCACAAUUUCAAUAUUUUUCUCAAAAGUUUCCCCGUGCCUCCAAAAGAGCUCAAGGACAGAUUGUUGAUUAUAAGCGAAGAGGAUGGCGGCCUCUCCGACGAGCACAUCGCCUCUCUCAGGAGGUACGUGCCUACAGCGGAUGACAUUGAGAUGUAUAAAUCAUAUAAAGGAGAUGUGACUGAACUGCACAUGGUGGAUCAGUACAUGCUGGAGAUGUGUCACAUCCCAAACCUCAGCGCACAGCUGGAUCUGCUGCUCAUGUUGAGAGAACUUCCCAUCUGUAUGGAGGACCUCACACCGCUGAUUAACCAGAAGAUCCGCAUGUGCCAGCAGUUUGUGUCCUGCGAGUCAUUUGUCAACGUGUUGGAGCAUCUCCUGACUGUGGGCAAUUACCUCAACCAGAACGCAGGCAAAGACAGGGCCAAGGGAUUUCGCCUUUCAUCUUUAACAAAGGUCUCUCAGCUGCGUGGGAACAAUCGAAAGUUCACCUUGCUGCACGCCCUGGUGGAACAGAUCAUGUUGCAAGAACCGAGCCUGGCCACCUUUUUCCAUGAGCUUGCAGAAUUCGAGACGGUUUCUGGGGCCUCGGUUAAAGGCCUGACAGCGGAGGUGGAUGUUGUGAAGAAUGAGUUUCAGAAGGUCAUCCAGUACAGGAAAGCACACAAGAAGAAAAACAUGGUUAAUCAACAGCCCAAAUUCUUCAAAGACUUAAAGAUGGCCAUAGAAAAGUACGAAACGGAUCUCAGCCAGCUGACGAAAAGAUGCGAGGAGAUGAGGAAACUGUACGCUGACAUAUUGGUAAAAUUCGGAGAGCCUUUGGAUCAAGACUCCGAACAACUUUUCGGAUGGAUUAGUCAGUUUGUUAAUGAUUUCAAGAAAGUUUACUCCGAGUAUGUUCAGUGAGACCCGUUUUCAAGUUAAGUAUCCACACGGAGCUUGUUUGUGCAUGCUGAUAUCUGCACCCGCAAGCAUUUCAUGAAUACAGAUUCAGUCCGAAGGCAAUGUGAAUAUGCAUAAAAACAGACUUAUUUAUGGACUAAGACCCUGUUUACUGGGUCUUUCCCAGUGCUCGUGUGGGCUUUGGCAAGCGAGUUUCUUUGGAUCUUUUACUUUGUGCCAUAACAAAUAGUUUGGAUUCAGUCGCAUAUGGGGGCACAAUAAAUGAAUGUUAGUGGUUCUGGGUCCAGCUGGGCAGUUUUCAUAAGUAUGAUUUUCUCUCUUUAUGGCCUUGAGGAUGCGUGUGCUUUCUUGAUGAUACAGACCCAACAGUGAUAUCUCAGCACAGAUCUGCAUUUCACAAUGUUUAAAACUGACUCGUCUUAAAAUUUCUUUUCGGAGGAUUUUAUUUUUGAAAAUGAAGAAGACAAAUAACAAAGCAAAUUUCUUUUUCAGAACUCUAAAUUGGUUUGUAUAACACUGCUAAUGUACAUGUUCAUGACUUGUAAACUGUUGAAAAUACUGCAUUUGUGUCUGUGCCGAUAGCCCUGUGGUUAGUGUGCCGAAUUUUAGCACCAGUGCCCUCAUGACUACCUGAGUUCGAUUAAAGUCUCUGUGGUCCUUGACUGAUCUUGCUCCCCGUCUCCACCCAACACUUUUCUGUCAUGUCUCUACUAUUCUAUUCAAAUAAAGGCAUAAAACCCCCUAAAAUAU